AUGCUGGACAUAGCUGCGAAUUACACUAAAGAGAAGAAGGUUGGUGAAGGUACAUAUGCGGUGGUGUACUUGGGGAAGCAGGUCAAGACCAAGAAACUCAUUGCUGUGAAGGAGAUCAAGACUGGGAUGUUCAAGGAUGGUCUCGACAUGUCGGCCAUUCGGGAAGUAAAAUACUUGUUGGAACUACGCCACGAGAAUAUCAUUUCAUUACUUGAUGUAUAUUCCUCAGAAAAUGGGAACUUGAACUUAGUGUUGGAGUUUUUGCCCUGUGAUUUGGAAGUGUUGAUCAAGGACAAGAAUAUCGUGUUCCAGCAAGCCGAUGUGAAGUCUUGGAUGUUAAUGAUUCUACGAGGGGUCCACCAUUGCCACAGAAAUUACAUCCUUCAUCGAGACUUGAAGCCUAAUAACUUGUUAAUAUCACCGACAGGGGAGAUCAAAAUCGCCGAUUUUGGGCUUGCUAGGUCACUUGGCAGUCCCGGGGAGAACUUGACGGCGAAUGUGGUUACCAUCUGGUACAGGGCCCCAGAGUUAUUGUUCGGUUCACGACAUUACACAUCAUCGGUGGACGUUUGGUCUGUCGGGAUCAUCUUUGCCGAAUUGAUGUUGAGAACUCCUUAUUUACCUGGGACCAGUGAUGCAGAGCAGCUUGAAGUUACAUUCAGGGCCCUCGGUACCCCAACAGAGAAAAACUGGCCCAAUGUGUCUAAAUUGCCAUGGUAUAAUAGUCUUAAGAUAUACCCACCACCUACAAGGAACGAAUUGAAAAAUCGUUUCAUUGCUGCCUCUGGGAGUGCGUUAGACUUGAUGAUUUCUUUGACUCAACUUGAUCCCGCCAAAAGAUGCUCUUGUGAAGAGGCGUUACAAACAGUUUAUUUCACGGAAUUUCCAAGACCUACAAAACCAAAGGACCUACCUAAGAAAAGUUCGUGA